CUCGCAAGAGGCCGCGAACAUGGCGGGGCGGCCGGCGGUCUCGGGCUCGCAGUCCCCGGACCCCGACCGAGCGGCGUCCAAUGUGGUGGCGCAGAUUUCACAGUGGGCGGACGACCACCUGCGUCUAAUCAGGAGCUUUAGCACUGGACUGGCCAUAGCUGGAAUAAUGUUAUUUCUAAGAAGUGUUCGACUGACAUCAAAAUUUACAAGCUCUUCAGAUAUUCCAGUAGAAUUUAUAAGAAGAAAUGUUAAACUACGUGGACGAUUACGCCGAAUAACUGAGAAUGGUUUAGAAAUUGAACAUAUUCCUAUUACUUUACCUAUAAUAUCUUCAUUGAGAAAAGAGCCUUGUGGUGCUUUGCUGGUUAAGCUGGCUGGAGUAGAACUCACUGAAACCGGGAAGAUAUGGUUACAAAAAGAACUAAAACCUUCCCAAAUACUAUGGUUCCAACUUCUUGGAAAGGAGAAUUCAGCACUCAUUUGCUACCUUUUAGUGAAUAAGGGAGGAUAUUUUAGUGUGAGUCUGAAUGAAGAAAUUUUGAGAAGAGGUCUUGGCAAAACUGUUCUUGUUAAAGAGCUUAAUUAUGAUUCUAAAAUCUAUUGGACAAUUCAUAGAAACCUACUUAAAGCUGAAUUAACAGCUGCAAAAAAAGGAGAAGGAAUAUGGAAGGAAGAAUCUGAAAAAGAAAACUAUUUGGAAAAAUUCAGAGAUUCCUGGAGAGAAAUAUGGAAAAAAGACAGUUAUUUAAAAACAACUGGAUCAGAUUUCAACUUGAAAGAAGGAAAUUAUUAUGACAAACUUAGAAGGACUUACGAAAUAUGGAAAGACACCAUGAACAACUACUCCUUAAUACGGAAGUUUAGAGAACUUGUACGUCGCAUGCGCUUUUGUAGAAAAGGGUGAAUUAUCCCAGUGGUCUGGAGGCAACCUGCUCUGAACAGUAAAAUCUAUAAAUAUGUGGACAUUUUUGUUGAGUCAAAAUGGAAAUUUCCCCAAAUGAUCAAAGUUAUAGGCUAAUGGUAUAUAAAUAUUAAAGAGAUGAUUAUGAUAAGUACAUCACAAUUAAUUUAAACAAAUUGUGAUUAAUAUAGUAUCUUUUAGAAAAAUGAAGCAUUGCAUAAAAAAGUUGAAUGAAGAGGAUUUCUAGUCUGAAAAGGAUUUACAUAUGUAAUGCUAAUGUUUGAAGAUAAAGUUUAACUGUUGGCUAUUGUAUUAUUUUAAUUAUUUUGAGUAGCCAUAUUUGAGUUUUAUUUAAAGAGACUAUUUGUUUAUUUUUCUAGUUUUAUCACUUUUCUUUUUUUUUUUUUGAGACAGAGUCUCAUUAUGUCGCUCUUGGUAGAGUGCUGUGAUGUCAGAGCUCACAGCAACCUCAAACUCUUGGGCUUAAGUGAUUCCCUUGCCUCAGCCUCCCAAGUAGAUGGGACUUUUCAUUAUUUAUAAUAAAAGAAUUCUUUAUACUUUACGUCUGAGGCUGCUCUUUUCUCCCAGCUGUUUUCUAACUGCUUGUGAAUUUGAGGCAGUGCUACAAUAGAAGAUCACUUAGCCUUUUCUGGUAAUAAGGUAGCUAAUACUUCAAUUGCCCUGCUUCCCAAUUUCUUGUUGUGUGAAAGAUGAAUAUUUAUUUAUUUAUUUAUUUGAGACAGAGUCUCACUUUGUCACCGUCAGUAGAGUGCUGUGUCAUAGCUCACAGCAACCUCAAACUCUUAGGCUCAAGCCAUUCUCUUGCCUCAACCUCCUAAGUAGCUGGGACUACAGGGGCCUACCUCAACACUGGGCUAUUUUAUUUUAUUUUUAUUUUUUUUGGCCAGGGCUGGGUUUGAACCUGCCACCUCUGGCAUGUGGGGCCUGCGCCCUACUCCUUUGAGCCACAGGCACUGCCCCAGGGCUGUUUUUUUUUUUUUAAGAUGGGGGUCUCACUCUGGCUCAAGCUGGUCUUGAACCUGUGAGCUCAGGCAAUCCACCCACAUUGGCCUCCCAAGUGUUGGGAUUACAGGCGUAAGCCACACCCUGCCAUCAACAAUUAAAAGAGAAAGAGAUAAAGGAACAGAACAGAAUUAAAAAGAAUGCAUUGCACACAGGACAGACAAAUACCACUUUGUUAAUUUUUGUUCUAAAUAUAUUUGAAUGUGUAUAUUCAAAUAUAUUUAGAACAAAAAUUAAAGUAUCAUGCUGUGCUAAAGUAUCAUGUUAUAGGUUACUGAAAAUCAGAACAGAAGGUCUCCUUUUGCAGCACUCUCAUCUGAAGGAACCUAAUGAAAAUAGGUUUCUAUAACUAGAGUGAGAACAAUGAGUAAUUCAGACAGGAAUGAGGUUUCAAAAAGAUGGAGGCAUUGGGAUGAUUCUAUUUUCUGUUUUAUUUUGGUUAUUGAAACACAACUCAUCCUUUAUUUCUGUGUAACUUGCAGGGAAAUUGAGUAAUUAGCGCCCUCUUCUGUUCUGCCACACUAUAUGCCUAUCUACUUUUGCACUGGUCACAUUAUAUUGUAAUGAUUUAUUUACCUGUUUCUUUUCUCUAGUCCAGGGCAUAGUGGGCUAUGUAAUUCAACUGCAUACUUAUGAAUGAAAUUUUGGGUCAUUUCUGCUCCCUCCGCAAACGUAGUAUUUAGUUAAGCUUUUUGCCCAUCUAGGGAACCCUAUAUAUUUAUUAAAUAAGAAUGAAAAGAAGAGUGGAUCUUCAGAGUGUCGCCUUCUCAAUGUGACCAGAACUUAUCUUUUCAGUCUCAUUUCCCCCCAUAGAUCCCAUGAUUUUACACCACAAAGAUUAAGUUGCCUCACAUGAGCUGUAGGAACAUUUUGUAAAUUUGUCAAGUUUAAAAAUGAUGUUUAUUUUGGAUAAAUCAAGCCCCCCUGAAUAUAUAUUUAGUUUAAACUAAUAAGUGAAACAAAAACUAACAUACAAUUUUUAAAUGUAGUGUUUCCUUUUACUAUGUUUGUGAGGAAAAAACCUAACCAUUUGUUUUUUGGUUAAAAAACCAGGUGUUUUACCCAUUGGAAUUCCAAAUAGUAGGGUAAUAGGAGACUCUUUUCUGUGGCAUAAAUUAUCUUUUUGUUUCAUCCUUUAAAGCUUUAGAAUUUGUGUUUUGCUUUACUAGUUUCUUUCUUCUUCUUUUUUCUCUAUAAUACAGUGUACUUCUCUUUCUAAACCUUCGUUCGAAGUCUAUAAAAAUGAUUGGUUUUUUAGAUGACUGGUCUACAAUUUGGCUGAUUAUGAAGAUACAUUUUUCUUUCAAUUAUAUUAUUGGAUUCUGCAGAACUUUUUAAUAGUGGUAUUGGAGGGAGAAACCAGUAUAUUUUAUAAUGGCAAUAUGUAGUCUCAAAGUUUCAGUAUUAUUUCCUAGGCUGAAUAAAGUACUUCGAUUAAAUGUCUGUCCCAGAGCAAGCUCUGGCCAUCCUGAAAAGUGCUGUAUUGGCUUGGUGGGAGGUCUCUCUGAAAACAAAAGGCACUGAGUUGAGUCCUGAAGGUCUUAGGAGAAAGGGAAAGGGGCCCUGUGCUUCCCUGACACUCUUGUUUCCUCUAAAAUAGCUUUUUCUUUCUCCCCUGCUCACAGCAGGAGAGAAUACAAUGAAACAAGUUGAAGAAAAUAGAAAUGGGAAAAGUUCACUUUAAUUAGCAUACUUUCUGCCUUUAAAAAAAGUAUUCAUUCUAUACUGGGAACUAAGAUCUCCUGGCAAGUAUAGCGGGGUUAAGACACUCUGAGUUGAAUCGAUGAAUUUAGGCACAACUGUGCUGUUUUACCUGCAUCCACCCUUCACAGGAUGAAUUAUUUUGGCAAGGCAUUAAAAUAGGGAACCUAGAGUUAGAAUUCUGAUAU